UUUCAGAGCCUGCUUGUUUCUGUUGCGGUCUUGCUGCUAACCCUUGUCGCGCAAUCAACGAGCUAUCACGAUUUAGACAACGAAGAUGCUGGCAGCGAGCACGGGGGAGGUGGUGGUCAUGGACACGCUCAUUCCUUCCAUCACUUCUCUGGGCCAGUAGUGGGUCAUCACGAAGAGAUCACGUGGAAGGACAAACACGGGCAUCUCCAUCACGACUACAGGGCCCAUCCCAAAUACAAGUUCGCGUACGGCGUGGAGGACAAACACACGAAGGAUUACCACGGGCAAAAGGAGCAUCGCGAUGGGAAAGAAGUUGAGGGGGAGUAUCAUCUUCACGAGCCUGGGGGCAACGUGAGAAGCGUUAAAUACCAUUCGGAUCCUCAUGGAGGUUUCUUCGCGGAAGUUCACAAUUAUGGAGGAAAUGAUCAUUCAGGUGGCACUUAUGGUGGGCAUAAACACAGAUAAAUGACAACGUUUAUUUGCUUCGAGAUUAUUGUUAUCCAGUUAUCUAUAUAUAGUUGUUGAACUCGUAUGUUUUAUUUUCAUUCAAGUUAUUGUUUUUAUUGUUGUUGUUUUAAAAAUUAAUUGUUUUAAAAAUAAACCAGCAUAUAUUGGAAAGCCAAUAAUAGAAUUUGAUUAACUAACAAACACCGAUAACAAAAAUAUUAAAAUUCAAAACAAAGAAUUAAAAUCAAAUAUUCUUCGU